GGCCCGGGGUUCUGUGGCGGAGUCGGUUCCGUAUCUCCGGGUUAUGUGGCUGUGGGCUUGGGACUGAGUUUCUCACACAGAAUUACAGUUCUACGUUCCCUGGCUCCGUAUCAAAGAGAGGAUGGGCGCCGUGUGGGGCCGGAGGAUCGCAGGGGUAGAAGACAUUGAUAUUCAGGCCAAUUCCGCGUAUCGGUACCCGCCCAAGUCCGGGAACUACUUUGCCAGUCACUUCUUUAUGGGAGGAGAGAAGUUCGAGACCCCGCACCCUGAAGGUUAUCUCUUUGGGGAGAAUAGUGACCUCAACUUCCUUGGGAACCGGCCUGUGCAGUUUCCGUACCUCACCCCCGCCCCUCAUGAGCCAGUGAAAACUCUCCGCAGCCUGGUUAAUAUACGCAAGGACUCCCUGCGCCUGGUCAGGUAUAAAGAUGGCGCUGACAGCCCCCUGGAGGAGGGGGGGACUCCGCGGGUUCUGUAUGGGCUGGAGUUCACCUUUGAUGCCGACGCUCGUGUGGCGGUUACCGUAUAUUGUCAGGCCAGCGAGGAGUUCUCUGGGGGCGUUGCAGUGUACAGCCCCCGCAGCCCCGCCCUGCAGUCCCAGACUGUGUAUUACAAGCGCGGCCUCAGCCAACACUUCUCUCUCACCUCCUUCAAGAUCGACUUCUCCGACUGGAAGGAUGAAGAGCUGAACUUUGAUCUUGACAAAGGGAUCGUUCCACUCGUUAUCCAGGCUGUGGUGGCUGAGGGAGGAGAAGGAUCUGCUCACGCUCAUGUGCUCCUGGCGGCUUUCGAGAAGCACGUGGAUGGCAGUUUUUCAGUGAAGCCCCUGAAGCAGAAGCAGAUUGUGGAUCGGGUCAGUUACCUGUUGCAGGAGAUUUAUGGGAUUGAGAAUAAGAAUAACCAGGACACAAAGCAGUCGGAUGAUGAGAACAGCGAUAACAGCAACGAGUGUGUGGUGUGUCUGUCCGACCUGCGGGACACCCUCAUCCUGCCCUGCCGGCACCUCUGUCUGUGCAACUCUUGUGCCGACACCCUGCGCUACCAGGCCAACAACUGCCCCAUCUGCCGGCUGCCGUUCCGUGCCCUUCUGCAGAUCCGCGCUGUGCGGAGAAAGCCGGGGCCCCUUCCCCCCAUUUCCUUCAGUCCUGUUCUGGCUCAGAGCCUGGAUCAUGAUGACAGCACUGGUGCUGAUAACCUGCCCCCGGGGUAUGAACCCAUAUCCUUGCUGGAAGCCUUGAAUGGACUGCGCUCCCCCCCACCCAGUGCUCCUCUCUAUGAAGAAAUUCCCUACAGUGAGGGGCUUCCAGCCCGAGUCCCCCCAGAGAGCACACACCACAAAGCCAAGCACAUUAAAAGCACCGACAGUGGUCUACGUUCCCCUUCGUCGCCUAUCCAUGAGGAGGAUGAAGAGGUGUCGGCUGUAUCUGACGGUGAGAGGCCGGCUCUCCUGGGGUCGGUCAGCAGAGACCCCUCCCACACAGAGAACGUGACUGCUACACCCGAGAUCACCUCUACUCAUCGAGGGUCUCGUAUUCAGUCCCCCCCUGAAGUGCACAAAGAAGUUUCAGAUGCCCUCGAACUGAAGGAGGAGGGAACCCAGGAGGGAACAGCUCUGGGCCCCGAUGCUUGCUCCAUUGGGAUAGAUGAGUGACAGGUUCCGGCCCCACAAGGGGCAGUGCAAGGGCCCCUGGAACCCCAUUUCCUUCAUGUGGAUCAAUUGGCCCAACGUUGGGACCCUUCACAUUCCGCGGCAGCUGGUUGAGGGACCCGACUGUCUCUUUCUCUAUGUGACUGCCCAGAAGGGGAAUGACACUACAGUUUGCCUGGCAGUGCCCCCUUGCCAGCUUUAUGUGCCACGUGGCAUCAGUGUGUGCCUAGGUGUGUGUGUGCCUGCAGCAAUGUCUAUUGAGCUGUGUGAGCCGCUGCUUUGGCUUCUCUGUGCCCAAUCUGCCCUGCUGGCUACUUACCCCUCUCACUGGCAGGGCCACGCCCACCCCUAAUUAACCCAUAAUUAGCCGUGGGCACUUCCGCAUAGAUCUCCUGGGGCCUGACUCUUGGAAGAGAAACAUAUGAACUUUUGGUAAAUGAUUGUUUUUUUUCCUUUCAGCAACUAAUGAGUUAAAUGUAAUCUUGGCCCUGAUGCUGAUUGGCUGAUUGUCUCACAGUGUCCUGUGCCCGUAUUUACUGAGAAUAAAGGCCACAAAUUGUUCUUUUA